AUGCGUAUCAAAAUUUACAAUAAUAAAAGUUUCAAAAAGAAAUUGCCGAGUGAAAAGUUCUACACAAAAAUCAUUGGUGCAUGUUUCGAAGAUAAAUUUUAUUCAAAAAUGUAUCCUGGAGCACCUGCGGUUCCUUGUUCAGGUCCACAUUUUUGUGAAUAUCCUCAGAGAUCUGAUAUAAGAUGUGUUCACGUUGAUGCAAGUUAUGAAAAUGUUCCGAGAAUGUCACCAAUUUCAUUUUAUUUUGCGGUGAAACCUAGAAUGAGUUUCAAAAUUGGGUGUUAUGCAUAA